AUGGUCCUUGCCAGUUUUGACUCGACUUCAGAUGUUUCUUUUACUUUUACUUUAUUCAAUAAUUCUACACAAGAUUGGGAUUAUAAUGUAACACACACCUGGCAGGAAAUCUCAGAGGAAGCACUGCAGUUUCUUAAAGGCCCUGUGUCCACUGUCCUCAUACCGUCCUUCUACACGCUGGUCUGCCUCAUCAGCAUGCCAUUUAACAUCUGUGCGGUGAUAGCUUUCGCUUGGAGGAUCCGGCCAAAAAAUCCAGCAGCAAUCUACAUGCUGAACUUGGCCUGCGCUGACCUAAUCUUUGCCCUGCUGCUUCCCUUCAAGAUCUCCUACCACUUUGGCGGCAACAACUGGAUAUUUGGCCCAAUUAUGUGCCGUGUGGUCACUGCAGCUUUUUACUGGAACAUGUAUUGCUCUGUUCUGCUCAUAACUUGCAUCAGUGUGGAUCGGCUUCUUGCUAUAGUCUACCCUAUGGACUCUGUGGUUUGGAGAACCCCAUAGAAUUCAAUCAUAGCCUGUGUCACCAUGUGGAUAUUAUCCUUGGCUGGCUCAGUGCCCCUAGUGGUCUCCGAACAGACUGUACACCUAAUUCAGCUGGACAUCACCACCUGCCACGACAUCCAGAGAGCUGAUCAGCAAAUCUGGUACUACAAGAUCUACUUCAUCAUUCUCUGCUGCUUCCUCUUCUUCCUGCCUCUGCUCAUCACAGUAGUGUCCUACACUCGGGUGAUCUGGUCACUGAGCAGGGUCCCAAGCGGGGAUCCUGGACACUCACGCAGACGCAUGAGAGCAGUGGUGAUGGUUUUAACGGUGCUGGUGAUCUUUGUGUUGUGUUUCAUGCCCACAAACUGCCUGCUGCUAGCACACUACCUGCAAUUCAACGAGGGAAUGAAAAAUCCCACAGACGCUCCUGAUGGCUCCUACUUGAUCUAUCUGGUUUUCCUGUGUUUGGGGAGUUUGAACUGCCUUCUGGAUCCCCUGGUCUACUACUUUGGAUCAUCCCAAUGCCAGAAACAACUGUCCAAAGCACUGAGGUGUCAGAAGGUCAGCAGCAGCAGUCAUUCUUCUGAUUCAUACAAACAGGGCCAGGUCUAG